CCGGAGUUCUCUCAAACUGUCCCGGGACUGCGAGCAGAGAAGAGAACCGACUUAACUAUCUACUCUUGGGAUUUUGUUUCCCAGGGAUGGCCGCAUCUAUUCUGGAGGAGGAAGCUCGCUAUGGUUCCAGUCCUCUUGCUAUGCUAACCGCUACCUGCAACAAGUUUGGCAGCACCAGCCCGGUGAGGGACUCAGCCACCCCGGGCAAGGCCGGCCCCGGCAGCACCGCUACAGUCAAGAAGCAGUACACCAUGAGCUCAGAGCUCCAGGGACAGAGAAACAGCAGAGGAGGAGGAGAGGGCAUGGAGAACUCCUACACUGGUUCCUUCAGCUCAGCGGGUGGGUUACUCACACCCACUGGCAGCCCUCCUCCAUCCUCUGGGGGGUAUACGUCCGAGUACAACCCCUUCUCCCACUCCUUCCAGACCUCCAUGUCCCAGGGCCAGGACCAGUCCCUGCUGGUGUCCAAGGCCCACGCCACGGCCGACUGCCUGACCAGCGUCUACACCUCCCUGGACAUGACUCACCCCUACGGCUCCUGGUACAAGGCAGGCAUCCACCCCGGCAUCACCGCUGCCCCCUCCAACACCACAUCCUCCUGGUGGGACGUCCACCCAAAUACCAACUGGCUGAGUGCUGCCCAGCCCCAGUCCGAUGGCCUCCAGGGCUCCCUCCAACCCGUCCCUCCCCAAGCCUCCCUCAGCCCCCAGCUGCCCAGCUACACCACUGACUUCACCUCUCUGAACCCAGCUCAGUACCCCUCGGUGGGCCUGGGGUCCACAUCACACCUCCUCCAGUCCUCCCAGCACAUGCUGCCUCAGGACAUGUACAAGCCCAAGCCGGUGUCUGGCGGGGGGCUGAUGGAGAAUCAGAUGGGCCUGAAGCCUGCUGGUGGAUCACGGGGUUACGGUGGGGGAACCACCACUGGCCGGUCCAACUGUGACUGUCCCAACUGCCAGGAGCUGGAGCGGCUUGGAGCCUCGGCUGCAUCCCUGAGGAAGAAGCCCGUUCAUAGCUGCCACAUCCCGGGCUGUGGGAAGGUCUAUGGUAAAGCCUCGCAUCUCAAGGCCCACCUCCGCUGGCACACUGGGGAGAGACCUUUCGUCUGCAACUGGCUGUUCUGCGGGAAACGUUUCACACGUUCCGACGAGCUGGAGAGGCACGUCCGCACGCACACCCGGGAGAAGAAGUUCACCUGCCUGCUGUGUAACAAGAGAUUCACCCGCAGCGACCACCUCAGCAAGCACCAGAAGACCCACGCAGAGUCUGCCCUGCAGCAGGCCAAGACCGGGGAGGGAGAGGCCCAGGACCCCAGGAACAACGAGGAGACGGCAGACCCCAAUAACCUCAACACGGCCGUGCAGAAUAACAACGUCCCUAGUGAGACGACCAACGGAGAGGAGAAGACUGGCUCAGCCAAUGGGGUAGAGACCAGCAGUGGCCUGCUGGAGAUUUAACUUCAGCGAAUGUGGUCUUAUAGAGAUGUUUUGUUCAGUUAGUGUGGCACCGCUGUGGUGCAAAGUUCACUAUAUAUCUAAAAACAACCAGCAUUAUUUAGUAUUUGUACAUGCUGCCCACGCGGUUGACAUUAAUUGUCAAAGGAUGCAUUUGACAUAGUUAUUAAUGACUUUCAAGAUAACUGGCCAGGCUGGUCAGGAAAUACCCAUUCUGUGGACUUCACACACACACACACACACACACACACACACACACACACACACACACACACACACACACACACACACACACACACACACACACACACACACACACACACA